GCCAAAACGAGCCGAAGGGAGUGAUUUGAAAGCGAAGAGACGAGUGAAAGAAACAUCUGUCGGCCUUCCUCUCGUUUUUGUUCACACUUAUCGAUAUGUCUGUGAGGCAUAUAGAUUAUCUUAAGAUCAAGCCAUCACGUAUAUUGGUUGUAGAAAUCCGGCCAGUGAGAUGUUUCAUUGACACCCCUACAGGACCAUCUCGAACAGCGAAGUGGAUGACUUACAAGCACUGGAAAGAGCUGCGUUUAAUGCUGAAUGAGAUUGCUGAUCAGUAUGAGGAGCAAAGGGCCCUCCAGAAGGCCACUGAAGACAUAGAAUGUAAUAAAGGGAAAACAAAAGAAGGCUCAUCAAUAAAGAUUGGGUACAUGUUCACCGCAUAUCGAAAGUGUUCUUGCGUUUAUUUGACACCUAGAGAUUCAAACACUUGGUCUGAUGAUGAGGACGAGGAUGGUGAAUUACGAGACAGAGGUGGAAGAUACCAACACUUUUUACCUUGUGGCGAGAUGUUGGUAGUGAGUGUUGCUCUCCAAGAGAAUCAGCCCCUCAGUCAGCCUAAGGAGAGCCAAUAUAAGGAUGUAGAUUUGCAGGGCUUGAGUGGAUCCCAGGCGGAGGGAAGGACGUCUUUCAUGAGCCCAGCACGAACAGAUCGCCAGCUCCUGAGAGCCUUGGAUAGCUCUAUAGUCUUUACCAAUACCAUCUCCGACUAUUUUGAAAGCAGCCAGAAAAAAACGGAUUCUCAAGUUUUCGUCUGUGCAGUCUGAAAGCACAUCAGAAGACACUCUUAAAGACAAGCAGUCAGUGCUAAAAAAUAUGGCUUACAAAUCGAGAAUGAAACACGGCAAGAGGAAAAUUGGAAGCUCAUCUACCAGCACUCAUUCCAGUUCAGAAAAUGAAUUUCCAAACAAGAGGCAAGUCACCAAAUCGAUUUUUGAUACAGAUAGCAAU